AUAAAAAUUCUCAACCAAUGACCAUUUGAAAAGAGGCACACAAGAGAUCUACAUCUCUUCAUUUCCUUUCAGUUCAUCCACUUUUCCCCUUAUACAAAUCAUCCUCUAAGAUCUUGAAACUUGAUGCCAAAAAACAUACCCAUACUAUAACUGAUCUUCAUCUUCUCCAGAUCCUAUAAUUCCCCCUCUUUUUUCAACUAACAUCAAAAUCGUUUUCCUUUUUUUCUUCUUACACUUAGAAAUGAAACACAAGUUCUGCUAAACUCGAAUCUGAGCAAUAACAGAGUUUGAAACUUCAAUAAAGGAUCUGCGACGUCGUUUGAUCUAUAAUGGGUGCGAACCACUCAUUGGAAGUGGUGGAAGACAGCGACGAAGAAGAGGAACAAGAAGAAGAAGAAGAUGAAGAUGAAGAAGAAGAGAGGAACAUCAACGGCCACAUGGUUGAGACCCAAUUGGGCAACCACGUCGUGAAGAAGGUUCUGGAACAAGAGCCGGAGAUGCUUCCGUGUCACGCGUCGGCUUCUCCGCUGUCUCCGCAGCUUUCCUCUCUCGGAACGCCGCGCCUGGGGCCCUCCAUCAAGGUCUGGGACCCUUACAACGUUCUCGCUCCGCCGCCUUCGCCGCCGCCGGCGGUGUUUUCGCGGAGCUUCUCGGGGAACGGGAUGGUGGACGAUGAUGUUACGGAGGUCUUUCUGAUCAGCCACGGGGAGUGUGAGUUGAAUCUGGCGCCGGAGUUGGUGGCUGGACGGUGCCCCGCGGCGGCGCUCACGGCCAACGGGAAGCGGCAGGCCCGGGCACUGGCCGUGUUUCUCAAGUCUCAGGGGGUUCGGUUUGGUGCCGUGUAUUCAUCGCCGUUGGAUCGGGCACGGUCAACUGCAGUUUUGGUCUGUAAGGAAGUAAAUUUUCCGGAAGACCAAAUUCAAUCCUCAGAUGCUCUUACUGAGAUUAGUCAGGGAAGCUGGGAGGGCUGCCUUCGUUCGGAAAUAUAUACACCUGACGUUCAGGGCUGGAUUGAUCGGUUCCAGCCGGAUUUUACUGCACCUGCUGGAGAAUCACUUCGACAAGUGGAAUUCCGGAUGAUCCACUUCUUAAAUGACACUGUCCUGGGAUUACAUGAAAAAUUGAGAUCAGUUUUAUCAUCACAUCAAAAUGACAGCCAGGCAUUUGCUCAACACAAUUCCCAUGCCCUUUCAAACUCAACACAUGACCCAGAUGGACCUUCUCUCCAUCCGAACCAAUGGGAUUCGCCCAACAGGCAUCACCGACCCGCCUUCUCGAGGAAAAAAUCCGGUAAGAGCAGGCUGCAAUUUAUGACAACCACCGGAGACGAGGUCGAAGAUGAAGUUCAUUCCAGCAACGUAAACCACCAAAUUUCGCUGCACAAUUCUAGUUUCAGCAGCUUUUCACCAUCUGUUUCUUGUAUAGGACUAUUUACACAUUCUGUGCCAAUUAAGUGUCUCCUGACUGGCCUUCUUGGAUGUAGCCCCUUGAUGUUACACAAGUUCUGCAUUGAAGACUCUUCAGUGACUGUGUUGCAGCAUUCUGUGAGAACUGGUUGGCAGAUAAAAAGGCUUAAUGAUACAGCGCACCUCAGGAUUCUCUAACCAGAGGAACUGUACUCAAGCAAUUUGAAUUUUUGUCGUUGGGGGAUUAUAUAAAUUUAGGUUUGCGUGUUGAAACACAUUAGCUCACAAGAAUUGACGCCUUUCAUUGUAACCUUUAUUUAUUUUUGCACUGGUCAAUUCCGAAAGAGGAAUGGUGCAGGAAUUGGAUUGCUGUAUCAAUUUUUUUACUUUCUAUAAUUACUUAAGUAUUUUAAAUUCAGACAAAAAGAAAA